AUGUCUGAGACCUCGGGCUCGUACACGGGGAGGAGCUACACGUCCUUCGGGGCGUCGAGUCGUGGCUCGGACGCAGGCAGCGGCGACGACAACAACUCGCUGGACAUCGCGUUCGGCGGCAUCUUGACCAGCAACCGCACAGUGCUGGAUGACAUCUUCGGGUAUCUCAACAGCGUGGAGCGGUUCAAGUGGGAGGGUCUGCGGAGGGCGUACAUCACGAUCUGGGCCUACCAGACCCUCGUGCUCAUCGGCAUCCUCCUCGGUCCCUUCUGGGGCUGGGACUUCGACUAUGAGAACCGGGGGUGGCAGUGGGCGCUGCGCCCCACCCUCGGCAUCCUCGCGUGGGAGAACGGCCGGGUGACGAUGCAGGCGCUGCUGUACACGGCGCUCACCCUCACCAUCGUCUCCUUCGUCGUGAUGCUGCACGUGUUUUACAACACCCGCAACAACAAGCACGUCCACCCGGCCGAGAAGUACCUCAUGCGCUCGCUCGAGGUCUCCUGGCUCACCACGUUCGCCAUCCCGGCCGUGGUCAUCUACAUGCUCCCACUCGCGUGCGACUGGAGAGGCAAGCUCACAGGCACGAAGAUGGUUGCGCUCUACCAGCAGUGGCACGACAUUGGCGGCGAGGACGAGGCGAAGUGCUUCUCCGGGGCCUACGCGCUGCACACGGUGGCGGCCAUCAUCGGCCUGACGAUCCACAUCGGCCACUACGGCAUCAUCCUCCUGAAGGACGUCGAGCUCGACCCCACGGGGCCCUUCCCCAUGGCGCAGGGCUCGGUGACCACCGCGCUGCUCCUGGGCAUCCUGCGCGUGGCCGUCGUCAUCUUCUACCACCUCUUCGUCGGCCUCGACCAGCGCUUCGCGGCCGCGCUCGUGACGAUCUGCCUGACGUGGUACGCCUACAUUCACGUCCGGCGGUACCCCUUCGUGGGGCGCGUUGCCAACUACUCCCAGGGCGUGGUCGCCGGCGCCUUCCUCGCGAUGGGCAUCUUCGACUUCUUGCUCGGCGGCGACUCCAGCAAGUCGGGCACGUACUCGGCGAUCAUGUCGGCGUGCUGUGUGGUGUUUGGCCUCGCGAUCCUCCUCAUGGUCAUCGCCCGGCGCCGGCACCUGCUCCGCGUCGUGCACAAGUUCAAGGAGCUCAAGGAGGUGGCUCCGAAGGCGCUCCUCGAGCCCAAGCGGCUGCACCGCUUCAUCGACGUGGACGAGCUUGGCACCUUGGUGCGCGUGAUCCGCCCGUGGGGCGUGGAGAAGGGCGUUGAGCCGCUCCCCGAGCACAUCGAGGGCGUGCUGGCCGCGCUGACGCACGCCGGCGGGCAGUUCCCGGACAAGGCCAUCUUGCCGCUCUUCGACGCUGCCUUCCACGCCUUCGUCCUGGACGACACCCAGGCCUCCCACGGGCACCUCGAGCGCGCCAAGGGGCUCAUGCCGCGCGCCGCGGAGCGCUACCUGGUCUUCCGCCUGUCGCUCUCGCUCCGCGAGACCCAGGAGAACAACACGGCUGGCGACGGCGCCAUGGACUGGAUGUCGUACGUGGAGCUCCAGCGCAACCUGCAGGCCCUGAAGAAGCUGCACCGCCUGGUCCUGACGGAGAUGAACGCGUUCUGGGGCAUCUGCCUGCGCCGCGACUGCGGCCUGCACCACAUGACGGGCUCGUUCAACCGCAUCGAGGAGGUGGAGGUCCGCGCGGAGCACAACUACCGCGCGAUGCUGGAACGCUACCCGCGCAACGUCAAGGUCCUGCGCAUGUACGCGCAGUUCCUCGAGGACGUGCAGGGCAAGCAAACGCUGGCGCACCAGUACAUCGCGGAGGCGGACAAGCUCGAGGACGCCAACAGCGCCCUGCGCGCCGACACCGAGGACAUCUUCUCCGGCGGCGCGUUUGGCAAGUCGUCCGCGGUCGACGAGACGCUCGACGCCGUGGUGGUGGUGAACUCGGAGGGCACGAUUCAGUUCGUGAACAAGAUGCUCUGCAAGCUGUUUGGGUACAAGCAGGAGGAGCUGGCGACGCGCAACGUGUCGUGCCUGAUGCCGCUCCCCUUCUCCGCGCAGCACAACGGCUACAUGAAGGCGUACGCGGACUCGGGCGUCUCCCACGUCAUCAACACGGUCCGCGAGGUUGUGGGCUGCCGGAAGGACCGCUCUGUCUUCCCCGUGCAGCUCGCCCUGACCAAGAUCGCCCAGGGCGGCGAGGACGGCUUCAUGGGCGUAUUCCGUCAGCUAGAGGAGCACACGGAGUCGCGCGUAUGGAUGACGAAGGGCGGCGUGUUGAUCUGCGCCAACCAGCUCUUCUACGACGAGUUCGGGUACGACUACACGGACAUCGCCGGGAACACCUUCGAGUCAUUCCUGGCGCACAACGAGGGCUGGCGUUCCAUCUUGGAGACGGCCACUCAGAGCGCGCCCAAGGAGCCGCCUAUCAACCACCCCGACGACGUGAUCUUCAAGCACCGCAUGGGGACGCAGGGGCGCGUGAAUCUCACGACGAAGAUCGUGGGGUCCGAUCGCGUGCCCGUCGUCGUGGUGACGAUGAUCAGCGACACGACGGAGCAGCCGAUGCUGACGGUCGACGCGAAUGGCAACAUCACCAGUGGCAACGCGGCCAUGGCCGCCAUGCUCGGUCACUCGGCCUCCACGCUGAAGAGGGCCAAACUAUCUACCAUCAUGCCGGAGCCGUUCGGGCAGAUGCUCUCCGCAUGGCUGCGCACGGGUGGCAUCGGCAAGUGCCCGCAGUCCCGCGGAGGCAUUGUAGACCUGUUGCACCGCAAGGGCAAGGUGGUUCCGGUGGAGGCCGAUUUCCAGAAGACCGACUUCAAGUCUGGGAAUUCUGCUCUUGGCGAGGAGAGAUUCGUGAUGAGGUGCCUGCCGAUGACGCCGGAGCAGGCGCGUCUGCGCCGCGUGAUGCAGCUCAUCGUCGACACCGACGGACGCAUCAUCUCUUCGUCCACCACCCCGGCCUCGUUCGGCUGGACCGCCGGUGGUGUUGUGGACCGCUUCAUGGAGGAGGUCGUGCCCGUCGACGGCGAUCCGGGCGCGCUGGUCAAGCAGUGGCUGCGCACGGCCGGCGACCGCCUGCAGCACCGCCGCUGCUGCGUCAUCUGUGCCGACGGUACCGAGAAGGCCGCCGUCCUCGACGUGAUCCCCGACGUGGAUCGCCAGACGGUGACGCUCAACCUGCAGAAGUUCAGCAACAUCUGGUCGGUGAUCGAGGUCACGGCGAACCUGGAGAUCCUGGGCAGCGUGGGCCUCUUCAACUGCAUGUUCGGUCGCACGAUCGACACCAUGGUGGGCAAGAGCCUGAUCGAACUGAUGCCCGAGCUCGAGUGCACGACGGUCCAGGACCUGGUCGCGGAGUCGAACGCGGCCGUCGCCGACGCCACGGCGCCCGUCGCCAAGACGGGCGGGAUCAAGAAGCAGACAGCGACGCAGCUGGUCGGGCUCCCGCAGACGGACACCAUCAUGGCGCAUGCGGACGAGCUGCUGUUCCGCGCCACCACGCAGGUCGCGGAGCGCAUGCUGUACCCCAACCGCUUCAUGGUCCUCGUCCUGCCGUACGGGACGGACAUCGGGGCUCCGCUCAAGUCGUCGGUCCCGGCCAAGCCCCGCAAGUCGGGCAAGCCGCCGCAGCAGAUGGUGUCGAAGAAGGAGGUCGCGCUCGACCAGGCGCGCAUCUCGACGGGUGCGCGUAUGUCGGCGGGCGUCGGUCGCCACGGCGGGCUGCAGCGUGAGGGCUCGCGCCUGAGGCCGCGGGAGGUCGAGAAGGAGGGCAGCAAGGUCGCCAUGCUCACGGCCGCGUUCGAGGGCGCGGCGCGCGAGGCGGGGCUCGCUCCUGGGAUGUCGGGCCACGGCGGCGGCGACGAGGACUCGCUGGGGCUGCUCGGCGAGCCGGACAGCCGGAAGAGUGGCAGCGAGAUGAAGCAGGCCGUCAACGUGUGGGCGAACCUCGAGGCCGUGGGGACGCCGGCGCGCCCGUCCGUCGAGGACCCGGACGCGGUGGAGCUCACCCCCGAGAAGGAGGGCCGCAUCUUGGAGUGGAUGAUGCGCGACGAGAAGGCAUCGGGUCUCAUGUCGGGGCAGACGUCGCGCCGCGGCGGCCUCGCUGCGGGGCCGUCGGGCAAGCACAUGAAGCUCACGAAGGCGGCCCUGCGGCAGAUGAAGGAGUCGGAGCGCCAGCUCAAGGUUGCCGCGCACGUGUCGGAGGACGAUUCGCGCAGCCACAGCGCUGCCGUCGAGGAGGACCCGGCCGCCGAGGAGCGCGCCGUUGCGGAGGAUGUCAAGGAGGCGAGCGGCCCUGGCGCUGCCGCCGCGGCCAAGCGCCUGCUCGAGGGCACGGGUGCAAAGAGGGCGCAGUUCCAGGAGGGCAAGGGAGGCGACGGCAACGCGUCCCCUCCGCGGUCCGCGGGCGGUUCCCACGCCACGCGUUCGCGCCUGCUGGUCGACGACGCCAACGUGCACGCGCGCAACGAGGGCACGGGGCUGACGGAGCAGCAGCUCGCUGACAUCAAUGCCAGCUUGUCGGACGGCGGCUCCAUCGCCUCCGGCUCGAUGACGAGCGGCAUGUCCGGCGCUGGCAAGACGCGCCGCCUGAAGCGCUUCGUGCGGGUGCUGGAGAGCGAGGCCCUGCGCUGGCCGCUGAUUGCCCUCCGCCGCUACAUGAUUGCGCUUGCAAUCGUGCUGCUGGCGGCGCACUCGGCGUGCUUCGGCACCAUGAUCAUGUUCCUCGACCAGCACACGACGCUGCUUCAGUCGGUCAACCUCUGCGGCGAGAUGAUGACGCGUACGGUGCAGGUUGCUUACAACACCCGCGUGCUCAUGGCCGUGUACUCGGGCGUGUCGUACCAGACGAUGCUGACAGACCCGACGCGCAACCUGAACCAGACGGAGGUCUUCAUGUACACCGACGCCACUGCGCUGGCCAGGAUCCAGGAGAAGAUCUACGAGGACUCGGUUGCCGCGACGGACAAGUUCAGGGGCCCGCUGCUCGAUCUGUGGGUGGGCAAGAUGCACACGAUCACCGUCAUGACGCGCAACCACGAGGUCAACUCGACCAUCUCGGAGCAGAUGACUCUGUACGACCUCGGCGGCCUGUACGUCUCCAUGGCAGUGCAUCUGCUCUCGUUCUCGACGGAGGACAAGGCGAAGAUGGACACGACGCGCGAGUUCACCUUCAUCAUCGAGAACGGCGUGCCGAUUCUCGGCCCGGCGUUCGCGGAGGUCAUCGACCUGUACACCACACGCGCCGAGGACAACCUGGCCAAGGUCAACGUCAUCGCCACGGUCUUCCUGGCGAUCGAAAUCGGCUUCUUCACGCCGCUCGCCGUGUGCGUCGUCUUCAAGAUGGUCUGGGGCCUCUGGCAGCGCAAGGUCCAGCUCGGUGCCCUGUUCCUGUCGAUGCCUCGCUCGCUGGUGAUUGAACUGGCCCGCGCGAAGAUCACCGUGGACGACGACGACGACAUCGACAGCGAGGAGGAGCGCGAGCGCGAGAAUGAAGACGCGCGAGAAAGAGCUUUGGCCGAAAAGAAGAAGAAGGAGGACAACUCGGACGACGGCAACGCGUUCAACCGCAUGGCUCGCUGCAACGUGCGCAUCAACGACUCGGACAUGCGCGCGGCCACGGCGCAGCUGCACCGCCGCCGCGGCAACUUCAAGUCGCACAUCCGGCGCUUGACCAUGCUCUGCGUCCCGCUGAUGACGUGGGGCGUCAUGGUUGCAGUCAUCAUCGGCGUGUCGAUCGCCCUGGGCAAGACGUCGCUCAACCGCCUGCGUGCGACGCAGUGGACCCACCUUGAGUCCUACGAGGGCGUGCGCGUCAUCUUCUACGGCCAGGAACUCUCGGUCCGCGCCAACCAGUUCAUCCACAAGACGGGCAUCUUCCAGGCCCUGACCGACACGCAGCAGCGCGACGCCAUCGAGAGCAUCCGCACGCAGCUGCUUGACGCAUCGAUCCUGCUCAAGGAGCGCCACCUGGACCUCGUCGUCGGCCGCGAGACCCCCUUCAUCCCCGAGGGCUUUGUUGUUUCGACGCCCAAGCUGCGCGACCUGCAGUUCACCCCGCGGUGCUACUCGCAGUGGAUUCCGUGCAUCAACUCCACGGACCCGAACGCGCCGCUCGUGCAGAACGGCAUCAACGACCUGGUGGCGGCAUUCAUCGAGAAGGCGCGCACGCUGGUGUACACGGACAUCACGACCCUGGCACUGGUGGACGGGAACCCGCAGUGGUACUUCCUGUACGACUUCGGGCGCGACGACCUGGUGAACGCGAUGAAGCAGAUGCAGGUUGCGGUCGGAGACGACUUCGAGAUGCUCGAGUUGGUGAAGACCCUGCACGUGAUUCUCUUCGUGCUGACGGUCCUGCUGAUCCCCGCGGCGAUCUACAUCGUCACCAAGCCGUACUUCCACCUCAACGCGCUUGAGAUCAAGCACAUGUCGCGGCUGCUCACCCUGGUGCCCAAGGCCAGCGGGGUGGACGAGCUCUUGGCCAAGAUCCGCGACAGCCACGCGAACCGGAAGAAGCGGGUCACGCCCAAGUGGAAGAGGUUCCUCAAGCGCGUGUUCACGCGAGGCGCGAAGAAGGCCGAGGCGGAGGGCGGGGACGGCGGCGCGGCGCCCGCGGCCGGAGGAGGCAACCUUGCUGCCAAGGUGGCGUCGGGCUCCAAGAAGGAGAAGAUGAUCCCGUCGAGCAAGAAGGGGAAGUAA